GAAGGCCCUUCUCAGUCGAGUGAAACCUUGGCCAUUUUUGCGAUCUUCAUUGCGCAUUUGCUUUGUACUUUAGACGAUGUCUCCCCGUUUGCUGGUGGCGGCUUGCGUCCAAAUCCUCACUGCAGCCUUCGCAGUGCAUCCGGCGCACGGCGCAAAUCCCGGUGCCCCCGCCGUGCUUCUGGUGAAGGCGGCCGACGCGUCCGCUCCCGAGGUACACUGCGUGUUCUACGUGCCGGCCAUCAAGGACAUCGCCAAGAACGAAGAAGAUGCCGAGUACCGCCCGCUUUUAAACGUGCUCAACGACACCGAGUGUGACUACGAGCGGCGUAUCUUCGAGGGCAAGGUGGUGCUUAUGGAACGCUGCGACAACACCUCCAACGACGACAUCGUCCAAAAGGCCAAGAGCGCCAAGGCCGCGGCCAUUGUCAUGGCCUACAACGAAAAGCGACCGGUAAGGGACACGAUCACCACCAUAAAGAAGCUGGACAUAAUUGUUGCGUUUGUCAAGAAUUCUACGGGGCGCAAGAUAGCGCAAUACGAGGAGAAGCAGGCGAACGGCACCGUGAUGGCCAAGCUAUUCACGCGUUCGACGUCCCUGGACUGGAGUUUCCUUGUCAUCUGGCUUAUCGCCGUCUGCACGGUCAUGACAGGCUCCUACUGGUCCGGCAUCGCCCAGUACUACCAGUACUAUCCCAAGCCGUCGGCGCCUACGACACACAAAAGGCCGAAGAGGAUUAGUAAGAGCCUGCGGAGGCCCAGUGAACCAGACAAAAAGAAGAAGGCGACGACCGUGUCGGUUGGCGUGCCCCCAGAGCAGUCGGAUUUCACGGAGAGCAUGGCCGACAUGGAGGAAGAGUUUACGGUGCCCCUCUCUCCGAAGCUGGUCGUUAUGUUCGUCAUGCACAUGAGCGUCAUGCUGCUCAUGCUCUACUACUUCUAUCGAUAUCUUGUGUACUUCAUUGUCGUCCUCUUCGCGUUGGCAUCGGCGGCAGCUCUGAUCUCCUGCCUGGAACCUCUCGUCAACCGAAUCAACAUCGGGACGUCGAAAGUUCCCAAUAGGUUCCCAACUUGCUUCCAGACGCCCAUGGAGUUCAGGCAGGUGGCGCUGCUGGCGUUUGGUAUCUUCGUGGCAUUAACCUGGUUCCUGCUGCGACGCAACGACACAUUCGGCUGGAUUCUGCAAGACGUGCUGGGCGUCGCAUUCUGUAUAAACAUGCUCAAGAGCUUCCACCUUCCCAACUUGAAGCUCCUUUCGCUGCUGCUGAGCCUGCUGCUCAUCUACGACGUCUUUUUCGUCUUCAUCACGCCAUUUCUGCGAGCGAAUCGCGAAAGCGUGAUGGUCGAGGUGGCCAAAGGAGGCAGCGUCAUGGAGACGCUGCCCAUGGUCAUCAAAUUUCCUCGGAUCGUGCGAGGCCCCUACCAGAAAUGCUUCCUGCUCAAAUUCUCCAUCCUGGGCCUCGGCGACAUCUUGGCACCAGGUCUCCUUUUGUCCUACUGCCACGCAUUCGAUCUUCUUGCCCUUGGAAAAAGAUUCUACUUUUACAUUUCGAGCGCUUCUUACGGCUUGGGCAUGGUGGCCACUUUCGCCGCGCUGGAGCUGAUGCACAACGCGCAGCCAGCGCUGCUCUACCUCGUGCCCUUCACGAUCAUCCCCACGGUGACCACGGCUUGGUUCAAGGGACACCUGUUCGCCAUAUGGAACGGAGUCAAGUUGCCGGACAGCUACUCGAGGCAGCAGGCGAGCGACGAGUCGAAGGACCCGACGCCACGCUCAAGUCCAGGAAACCACGAAGUCGCGGCUACCAGCUCUACGGCUAAGCUGAUUCUGGACGACGAGGAAGGCACUGUAAAUGGCGCUGGGAAGCAGCAGAAGCGCAAGUCGAAGACAUCGGAGGACCCAGGAGACGAAGGAGGCUCCUGCAAAAACGGAAGCCUUUCAGGCCACGAAGGCGAACCACUCAGGUACGGCUAUGGUCACAACGUCGUCAGUGGCUUCGACCACGCCACCGUCGCGUUCCGUCACCGUGGCGUUCCUGGUAUGGAGCUGGAGGCAUCCAAGAUCGUUCCGAUGCCACAAUUCGGGAGGCGCGAGCCUAAUGCCGACGCUGCAACUCCCACGACCGAAGCGGGCUUCGAGCAAAACAUGCAGUGCCUGGCCGCUUGCGUAGUAGGCGCGGUGUACAACAAGCGUCCCACGUGGCGCCCUCUGCAGGGCACCCUAGAGAAGGUCGGGCCCCCAUCCCACCUGGUGCUCUGCCAUCAGGGAAGCAAUGGUUUUUGCCGUGAUCACGCGGGUGGGGUCGGGCCCACGAGCAGUCUGUUUCCCGCCUAGGUGGAAGCUAAUAAAUGAUAAUUGGUAAUAAA